GGCUGCACAUGAUUGGCUAAUUCUGGAAUUCUACUGUAAGCCAAUCAGGUUGUGGAUUCACUUCUAUCUGGAGCAGGAUUGGGUGGUUCCUGCCAACCAAUCAUACUGCUGCAUUGUUCUAGGACCAAUCAGACUGCUGCAUUCUGAAUCCUAUUGUUCUAGGACCAAUCAGACUGCUGCCUUUUGGAUCCUAUUGUUCUAGGACCAAUCAGACUGCUGCAGUUUGGAUCCUAUUCAACUCAGUACAUAACAAUUCUGCAACCUAACAUUCUUGGGAGGAUUCCAGACACUUCUUUCUGGCUCUGCUAAAUUCAUGUACAGGGCUUUUAAUUCAUGCUCAGCUUUUUUCUGUAUUAUGUGCCUUUUCCUCAACAGUUGCUCCUCCACCUAGUUAUCUGUUCUGCUUAUCUGCCUGCUACAAAAGGACUACGGUUCUAGGGUGGAUCACAACUAUCUAACAAAAAUAAAUCAACAUUAAGACCAGCUAAAACAAAUUGCAGUCACAGGAAUAGGGUUUUCCGCCUGUCUUGGCUUGUAAUCUCUCACCUGUUAUGGCUGAACUGCAUUCAGUGGGCUAAGUAAGUUCGCCUUCCCUUCUUUUAUCCACUAGGCAACUUUUAUUUCCCACUCUGAUUUUUAUUAUUUUGCAAAACAAAUGUGAGUCAUAUUUUAUUUCUCCCCAACCCCCUUCUCUCUUCUCAUUUUCUUUCUUCAACUCCAAACUCAGUCUCCUCUACACACACACACGCUCACAGGCUUCCAAUUCAAAAUAGGGGCAGCAGGCUGGAUAUAUUAUUAUUAUUAUUAUUAUUUAUUACAUUUAUACUCCAUCUUUCCAAGAUGAAACUCGUGUUUCUCUUUCCCCAUGACAACCCUGUGAGGUAAGUUAGCUGAGAAAUCAUGAAUUGCCCUGGUCCAAGGUCACCCUGUGAACUCCAUGGGCAAGUAUGGAUUUGAUCCAUCGUCUCCCAGGUCUUAGUCCACUUAAUACUCUUCUGCCUUAUUCCACAUUCUUGAAAAGAAGAUGCAGAAGUUGAGGAGGAGCAGGGAAGGAAGUGAGGAAUACUGUUUCCCCCAUGAAAUUCACUGGGGCUUACUUCUGAGCAGACAUGUGCAGCGGUGUAGUCACUGUGGCAUAAAACCCACUACUGUCCAAAUAUGUAGUUGUGUCCACAUAAACUUGUUAGUUUAUAUAGACUUAAUGCAGUGCUAACCACACUUGGGAGCACAACCCAUGAAAUCUAUUCUGGCAAAACGCAAUCCCUACACAUAUUUGCCUACUCAGAAUAAAGCCUCGUUGGAUUAAACGGUUAAAUAUGUAGGAUUGCCGAUUAAGUUCUGUGUCUCACAGGGAUGCACUGCUGGACCUAGAAUUUAAGAGAUGGCAUUUUUCUGGACCUGUCGAAGCAACAGAAGGGGUUGAGGGAGUUGCAUGUUAAUAGUCUUUAAACUUCCACAAGCAAAUGGUCUUCUGUGUUGCAGCCCGUAGAUAGAAAGACAUUUAUAACUGUGGAAAGGAUGUCAUUCAUUACAGUGAUUUAUGUGCCUUUUCCUUUCUCCUCCUAUGAAGAGAUUGCACCCUAAUGUUUUAAUGUUGCAUCUUAAUCUUUUAAAUUGUAUUUCAAUCAACUUGUUUUGAUUAUUGGUUGCUAGCCGCCCUGAGCCCGGUCUUGGCUGGGGAGGGUGGGGUAUAAAUAAAAUUUAUUAUUAUUAUUAUUAUUAUUAUUAUUAUUAUUAUUAUUAUUUUCUCUUAACUUCUUAAAUUCUACCUCUGACAGUGCAAUAUAACGGGCCUACUCAGAAGUAAAAACUGGUUGCUUCGAUGGGACUUAACCUUCCUCCCAGGUGUGUUGCGUGUGUUACUUUUGUGUUAUGCCGUCGGCCAGAAACCCAGUGAAAUUACUGAAGUUCGUGUUUUGCUUCCACAACAAGGCCUUUUGCCUGAGGAGUCCAAAAUCAAGGACAAGGGGAGCGUGGCUUGAAGUGAGGGGAAACUCCAGGUGUUGCGCAACUACAAUUCCCACCACAACCGCGGCCAUUUUGUGUGUGUGUGUGUGAUGGGAGUUACACAAGGAUUCCUCUCACACACCCGCCCUAGGCCGGCGGCCCUGCCCAAGCCCAGCUCCGUCGCCGAGCGCCGCCUCUUCGCCAGCGGAGGAGCCGGGCGACGGAGAGGGAGCGGCCCUCGCCAUGUCCCUGUACAGGAACACGGUGUGGUUCUUGAAGGGGCUGCGCCAUUACUGCCGGUAAGGGAGCGGGCGGGGUGAGGCGGCCAAAAGGGCAAAGAGAGGCGGGGGGGGGGGCUGCCAUGGCCGUUGCCCCACGGCGUUGCCCUUAUGGAGGGAAAACGGAGCCCCCCAAGUACGGGGGAUUCGAGCCCAUUCCCCCUCCUCCGCCCCACGCUAGAGGGACUUUUAUGUAACGGGAGGGGCGUUUCCACGCGCGGCGCCAAAGCCCCUUUUGCGUGACUUGGGCGCCAAGUUCGCGCGAACCCCGUUGGGUUCGCCGGGGUUCGAGGAGGCAGUUCGCCGCGAGGUGCUGGCGGAGGGAGGCAGAGAGAGGGGUGUGUGUGUGUGUGUGCAUUAAAAGGCGUUCAAGGCGAACGAGGCGCACCUUUGCAAUUAUUAUUAUUAAUAAAUUAUUAUUAAUGAUAGGCCUAACUAAAAGUUGUCCCUUUAGUUCCGAGGUUUCGGGUUUCGGGUCUAGGCAAGUCCUAAGGCUGGCCCCAGCCGUGGUUUCUUAACACCCCCCCCAGUUUUGCAGCGUUGUAUAACUUUUUUUUUUUUGCAUUCAGUUGGAAGCCGUGGUGCCAUCCAGGAAGCAAGUCUUGCCCGGUUAAAAUCUCGCCCUGAGAUCACAGGACGGUUCACAACAUAAAAAUACAAAAUGAAAACACAAAAAUACAUAGUUUUCUCUGAUUGUGGAAUGCUCUCCCCAGAGAUCACCAUCAUCACAUGUCCUUAGGCGCCAAGCAGGCCUAUUCAGUAAUCUGUGAAAGUGGGGGAGAGAAUUGUUAUUAUGACUUACUUUAUUACAGUCAUACCUCGGGUUAAAUACGCUUCAAGUUGAGCGUGUUCGAGUUAUGCUCCUCGGCGCUAGUUACGUUUACCUCUAGAUGCGAACGGGGCUCCGGAACGGAUCCUGUUCGUAUCUAGAGGUACCACUGUAUUAGGCUGUGGCAUGCUUUUUAUGAUGUUACUAUGUUUUUAUCAUUGAUGUUAUGUAAUGUGUUUUUAAUAUUGCAUACCGCCCUGGGAUUGUUUGAUAAACGGCGGUAUAUCAAUUUAAUAGUACAGUGGUGCCCCGCAAGACGAACGCCUCGCAAGACGGAAAACCCGCUAGACGAAAGGGUUUUCCGUUUUGGAGGCGCUUCACAAGCAAUUUCCCUAUGGGCUUGCUUCGCAAGGCGAAGCCCAUAGGAAAUCUCCGAGGACCUCUUUUAAAUGCUAGCGGUGGGGAGCAAAGCCUUCCCCCCUCCGGCCUUCAGAAGAGGUCCAGGAAGGCUGGCGGGGGCCGAAGGCUUUGCUCCCCACCGCCAGCAUUUUAAAAGCAGUCCGGGAUAGCAGGAAGCGCUUCCCGCUAUCCCGGACGGCUUUGAAGGCAGGAGAGGUCCGCGAAGCCUGGGCGCGCUGAUCUCAGCGCGCGCAGGCUCGGCAUGCCGGCAACUCUCCGCAAGCAGCGGCAGCGCUGCCGCUGCUCGCGGAGAGGUCCGCGAAGCCUGGGCGCGCUGAUCUCAGCGCGCGCAGGCUCGGCAUGCCGGCAACUCUCCGCAAGCAGCGGCAGCGCUGCCGCUGCUCGCGGAGAGGUCCGCGAAGCCUGGGCGCGCUGAUCUCAGCGCGCGCAGGCUCGGCAUGCCGGCAACUCUCCGCAAGCAGCGGCAGCGCUGCCGCUGCUCGCGGAGAGGUCCGCGAGCCUGGGCGCGCUGAUCUCAGCGCGCGCAGGCUUCGGCAUGCCGGCAACUCUCCGCAAGCAGCGGCAGUGCUGCCGCUGCUUGCGGAGAGGUCCGCGAAGCCUUGGCUGGACAGCUUUUGAAGGCAGGUGGGGGGACAAAGACUUUCGCCCCCGCCAGCCUUCAGAAGAGGUCCAGGACCUCUUCUGAAGGCUGGCGGGGGCAAAGUCUUUGUCCCCCUGCCUGCCUUCCCAGAGGCUUUAAAUUGCCCCGGACAGCGGAGAAGUCCUCCGCUGUCCCGGGGCAAUUUUAAAAUGCCGCCCGCCAGCAUUUUAAGAUCGCCCCGGACAGCGGAGAAGCCCUCCGCUGUCCCGGGGUUUUAAAAUGCUGGGGUGGGUGGGAAGAAAAGCCCUUGUCCCCCCCCCCCAGCCUUCAGAAGAGGUCGGGGGACAGACUGUCCCCGGACCUGGUCUGAAGUCGGUUUCCCUAGGAACGCAUUAAUUGAUUUUCAAUGCAUUCCUAUGGGAAACCGUGCAUCGCAAGACGAAAAACUCGCAAGAAGAAAAAACUUGCGGAACGAAUUAAUUUCGUCUUGCGAGGCACCACUGUAGUAGUAGUAGUAGUAGUAGAGCAAAGCAAACAAACAAAUCUCCCUCUCACAGACACAUUAAAAGGCCAUAGGAUGUUUAUGAGCCAAAGGCCUGGUUGAAGAGAAAUGUUUUCGCCUUGCACCUUCUUUAGCUACUAGGUGAGUCUCCUUGGGGAUGGUGCAGGAUCAGGCAGCAACAGGCUCUGGGCAGAGGUUGAGGGCAGGGUCUACUACCAGGAUGGGUACUUGCAGGGCCACUUUUGCAUGAGGACUGUAUGCCUGAAUGCAGGAAGCUUCAGUAGAGGAAAGUUGUUUUUGUUUAACCGUGUUGGCCUGAAUAUAAGCCUCACUUUUUCUCCAAAUUCUGACCGUGAAAAGUUAAAGUGCGGCUUAUAUUCACAACCUUACAGUAUGCAGCCAGGAGCGCAGGGCACCCGCCCCGUGUGUGGCACCCCCCCUCUCCCCAAGGCCCCCCCCCCCUGCCCAGUAUGCAGCCAGGAGCAGCAAGGAAGGGAAGGGCUUAUAUUCGGGUAUUUUUUCUCCCCCCCCUCCAAUUUUUAGGUGCGACUUAUAUUUGGGUGUGGCUUAUAUUUGGGCCAAUACGGUACUUGAACGUAUGUUGUUAGAAAUAAAAGUUACCUGUAUUGGUAAAGCUAAAAUUCCAAACCUUUUGUUUUCUGCUAGUUACUCUACCAUUGUGAAAAGUCAGCUGCUAAUAAUGCUUGCAUUAUAUAUUCAAUCUUUUUUUAUAUAGUUUACAACAAAAAUACACUUUAGAGGGAGGAAUUGAGUAAUAAUAUAAAUGUAUAAAACAUUCAAAAACUUUUCAAUAAAAUGUUUUCCCCCCCUGUUUAAUAUGUAGCUAGUAUUCUUCCCGAACCUAAGUUUUCACUGACUUCUGCAGGAGUGGCUAUGAAUCAGCAAGCAAACACUUUGUUCCAGAAGACUUGGAAGUAGAUGUAACUGGAAGGCAUUUCAUGGUCACUGGAGGAAAUAGUGGCAUUGGCAAGGCGGCUGCAAAAGAGAUAGCCAGAAGAGGUAAGUUGAAGCAAUACUGCUGCUAUUGAGAUUAUUUCUGAGGCUGAGUUUAUACAAAACAAGAGGUCUUAUUUUCUCUCCUCGGUUGUACAGUUGUACCUCGUUACAUCAGUCUCCGGUAGCGUGUCUUGUGCUUGCGCAGAAGCGCUCACCGCACCUCGCGCGUGCAGAAACCUGGGUGGGGAAGAGGUGGAAGAAAACCAUAAUAUUUAAAGAGAGUGGUUACAGCUAGUUCUUCACCUGUGGUGUGAGCCCAGCUUCCACCUGACUUCACAAUUUGCACAACAUCUAUCAAGUUGAAUAGUCUGGCUAGGCCCUUCUCCCAUGUUGCAGACUGGCUCCUGCAGUUUCUUUCAUUUUUCCUUUUAGUGCCACAUCUUUGUUUAUCUGUUCUUCUGUUCAAGGAAGACUUUUAAAAACAGUAGCAAUCUCUGGGGAUCGAAAGGAGUAGUGCAUUGUCGUGAGUGCUAAACAGGUGGCUUUUGCUGUAAUUAUGUAGAACUUGGUUUUUAUCUAUGUGCCUGCUUGCUUGCUUGCUGAGAGCUAGACUCUGAAAAUAUGCUUUAAAUAAGCAUGGUCUGCGCACCUCUAAACCAACCCUACUUGUUACAUCUUACUUUACAUAUAGUGUGAACCAACUGCUUCACAGUGGCAGAGGACUGCCACCAAGCUCAGGGAGAUAGCAGUUGUUACAAGCGUAAUAAUUAUAAUACGGAUAAAGCCCCAGUUAGCCCCAGUGUGGAUUCUGGAGGCUGCUUACAUAAACAGCAACAUAGACUAUAGAGCUCUCCACAGUACCAAGUAACCCUGAGUGAGCUGCUUAAAGCAUUCUUGGUGGUGUUGUGUGCAAAAUAUUCUCAUUUUUUCUAUGGCCACCAGUGCUGAAAUAGCAUGGAGCAGUAGUGUGUCACAUUUUCUUUCUCUCUGCUAUUCCUAACCUCCCAUGUCAAGUUGUCUGGAGGCCAGUCACUUUAGUCUUCUUCCUAAAAAAAGGGUGGGUGGGAAAAGUGAGGGGUGGGUGGAGCCAGUAUGAACCAGGUCUCCCCAAGAUCAGGUGUUCAAAGACAGGAGACUAUCUUCUUGUCUUGCUCCACUAGCACUGUAUUUUAGCAGUCGCUUCCAGUGAAUGUAAGAACAAGGAUAUAGACCUGGUAAUAUUUCGAGCAACCCCGUAAGCGUGUGCUAUUCGGAGGCGUACUUAGGCACUCUUGGUAAGGAGACAUUGGCAUCCCUUGCAUCCUUGCCAGAGGAGCUGAACCAGAGUGGAGAGGCAUGAUUUUUGCCUCCCACCCCCAGGCCUGUGCCCUUGGUGAGGGUCAACCUGGACAACCCCUAGGUAUGCCCCCGGUGCCGUUCAAGUUUGUCAUCUAAAUAGCUAAUGGACUUUGAGAGGAAUUCAGCAUAGCACUGUGACUAUUGUUCCAUCGGUACAAACAUUUCAGGUAACCUGCAGAAUGACUCCCCUCUCCUCCUGUUUUUAUCCUCCUGUUCUGGGGAUUAUCCUGAGCCCUCAAGAGCCAAUUGGGAGUGGGAGAAGAGGUGAGGAAAAGCUCAUAGUGCUGGCAGAAGUCCUUGCCAGGCUUCCACUAGCAGGGCUCAUUAGAUGAAUCCAGCCCUUAGCUGCCUGAAGAUUUGCCAUUUGUCAAAAACUUCUCAGUUAUAAAAAGCAUUCUCUGUGCAUUUGCGCAGAUUAAAAAUUCUGUCAGAUAUGAAGCUAUAUGGAAACUUGAUUUGAAUAUUUCUUUCAUGCAGAUAGUUCUAUGGUCCUUUUCACUGAUGGUUUCUGAAUUCUUUCAGGGGGACUAGUUCAUCUAGUUUGCCGAAACAAAGACAGAGCCGAGGAAGCUAAGAAAGAAAUAACAACAGAAACUGAUAAUCAGGUAAGAGUUGGCCUUGGAUGUUUUUUCUUCUAUGCUUUGUCAUUGGAAAGAUUACAUGUUGCACCCAACUAAGUCAUACCAGUAGUAUAUUCAUUCAAAUUAAUGAAAAUGACUAACAAGAGCCAUUUAUUUCAGUAAAUUCCAACCCUACAGGUUUUUGUGGACAAUUCGCCUGUUGGCCAGUUGCAUUUCUUUUGUUUGAUUGCAUUUACCACCGUUGAAUAGUGCUACAAAUCCUUUCCCUGUUUCUGUGGAUGUUUGGAUGUAUUUCAACUCCUGGAAUUUGAAAUAAAAAAUUAUCAUUUUUUGGAAUAUGGAACCUGGUAUUCAAGUUCCACCACAGUUACAGCUGAAUCAACUAAAUGGAGGUUUUUCAUUCCAUGUGUUGUCUCAGAUGAUAUUUCUAGUGCAUAGCUAAAGGUAAGAUUAAAAAAAAAUCACCAGAAAUUAUUAGUAUCCUUUUUUAAAAAAUAGAUGCUGCCACAUCUAAGGGAGUGACAAAUAUUGCCACAAAUGCGCAACAGUCAAUUAUGCAUUAAAACUGCCUUAAAACUAAGAAAAUGUGCUCCCUCUUUGGAACCAUCUGUGCUAUACUGUAAUUUAAAGCAGUGUUACGCUACUUUAAACAGUCACUGUUUUCCCCAAUGAAUUUUGCACAAUGCUGAGAUUAAAAUCUUUACCUCGGAGUCUCAGACAGUGGUACCAUCAUUACCUUGUAUACACUUGCAUUUGUGGAAUAAGUAGUCACUGCAGUGAGCAGCAGCUACAUUAUCAGAAAAAUGGACUUUCAUUCUAUCCUCUCCCUUCUAUGGAAUCUUGAGUCAAAAAUAGCUUCUGGAGCUAUGAAUCUCAUUGUGGACAGCAUCUGUAAGUUGCCAGGUUACUUCUUACGCAACACAUGAAACAGUCCUAUGUUGUGUUCUGCAUUUUUUGCUGCUUGGAUUUCUCUGUCAACGACAAAUAUUCAAAGAUUCUCUAUGCCAUUUAGAUACAGCUUGGCUAAGUGGAUAUAUUGUGUUCCUGCUAUCUGAUUAUGUAGUGUUGUUAAAGAAUUUUUUUUUGAUUUGGUUAACAACUCUUCUUUUCUCCUUUCCUAGAAUGUUUUUAUCCAUAUUCUGGACAUGUCUGACCCCAAAGGAAUUUGGGAAUUUGCUGAACAGUUCAAGAAUGAACACAGAUUAAACGUCUUGGUGAGUUGGGAACUUAAAAGUGAAGCCCAUCUCUAGGGGUUUGGUGGGCUGCCAAACAUUGACAUCAGAGUUUGAAACUCCCAUUGUUCUAGGUGCAUUACGCAACAGGGAAUUUCAAGAAUGCGAGCAGUUUCUGAGCUGUGGGAACUGUACUGUGCCUUAGUUUUCAGUUUAAAACUGCCACUGCUGGAAUGAAAGGAGGAGCUUUUUCUGCCUCUCCACUUGCAGCUACUCUCUGAGAACCUGAGAAGGGACCCUCAUAAGAAUAUUGGGGGGCGGGCAGGGAAAGUAUGGCUUUGUUUUUUGCAGUCUUCAGAUGAGGACUAGACUGUGUGAAAAAUGAAUAUAAGAUUUUAGCUGCAGUUAAUUCAUUUUCAGCUUUGUAUUCUUGUUAUAAGGGACGUGGGUGGCGCUGUGGGUUAAACCACAGAGCCUAGAACUUGCCGAUCAGAAGGUCGGCGGUUCGAAUUCCUGCGAUGGGGUGAGCUCCCAUUGCUUGGUCCCUGCUCCUGCCAACCUAGCAGUUCAAAAGGACGUCAAAGUGCAAGUAGAUAAAUAGGUACCGCUCUGGCGGGAAGGUAAAUGGCGUUUCUGUGCGCUGCUCUGGUUCGCCAGAAGUGGCUUAGUCAUGCUGGCCACAUGACUGUAUGCCGGCUCCCUCGGCCAAUAAAGCGAGAUGAGCGCCGCAACCCCCGAGUCGGCCACGACUGGACCUAAUGGUCAGGGAUCCCUUUACCUUUACCUUUAUUCUUGUUAUAAAAAAACUGCACCAAGACAUUCUAUAACCUAGGUUUAAGGUGCCAUUUAGCUCCUAGCUUUCACAUCUCGGUUUCUAACACUGAUUGGCACUACCUAGCAACUAGCAGUUACUUGCUUGAACAAGAAACAAUUUGGUAAUAUUCUUUGUACUGCCAGCACUGUAGCCAGAAAUUCUAAAUUUCUGUGCAAGCGUCAUUUUCACAUGGCGGCUUAAUGCUGUACAGUUGAGAUUUAUCAUUCUUGAAAGUAUUGUAUGCAGCAAAGUGCUUUGACUCCUAUAAAUGGGAAGCUGCCUUAUUCCUUUCAAACCAUUGGUCUAUACUGACUGGUAGUGGCUCUUCAGGGUUCCAGGCGAGAGUUGUUUCCAGUACUACCAAAUUUAACCUAGAACUUUCUGCAUAUUCAAAGUGCAUGCUCUGCCACUAAGGCACAGCACAGAUACAUAUUUUAACUAUAUUUUCUUCUUGUAGGUCAACAAUGCAGGCUGCAUGGUAAACCAAAGAGAACUAACGAAAGAUGGGCUUGAAAAGAAUUUUGCUACAAAUACUUUGGGUAUGUAGGGCAGUUUUCCUGGGAAGUUGUUGUUGUCUGGAAGUGGAGGUUGUGCAUUUCUGAAGCGUUCUUCUGAUGCCUGAGUACGCUUGGCUAAUGUUUAUACUGUCUAAUAGGGCCUCCUGACACAUAUACAGUGGUACCUUGGAUUACAUACGCUUCAGGUUACAGAUGCUUCAGGUUACAGACUCUGCUAACCCAGAAAUAGUACCUCGGGUUAAGAACUUUGCUUCAGGAUGAGAACAGAAAUCGUGCUCCGGCGGCACGGCAGCAGCAGCGAGAGACCCCAUUAGCUAAACAGUUUCAGGUUAAGAACAGACCUCCAGAACGAAUUAAGUACUUAAACUGAGGUACCACUGUACUUAACCCGAGGUACCACUGUAGAUUGAACAUCCAGUUCACUCUUUUAAAAAGCAACAACACAGAGGAAGAAACAUGCAUACAGAAAUAACAUACUAUUGAAUUGGAUUGCCAUAAAUUUCAAAUUGCUUUCUUCCUUGUCUAGUGAGGGUCAGACAAGAAGCAGUGGGUUUAGACUAAAGGAAGGUAGUCUUGGGUUUAACUCUUCAAGUGAGAGCAGUUCAGUUUCUUGGUUGUGAAAUGUACCUCUGGAAUUUAGAUUAACAGGUUAAACAGGUGUAUGCUGCUGUUUUACACAAAAUAUCCUGCUUUAGGGCAUGGAAUUCUACUUGGAUAAGUAAUCAUAUUGGGACGCGGGUGGUGCUGUGGUCUAAACCACUGAGCCUUGGGCUUGCUGAUCAGAAGGUUGGCGGUUCAAAUCCCCGUGACGGGGUGAGCUCCCAUUGCUCAGUUCUUGCUCCUGCCUACCUAGCAGUUCAAAAGCACCUCAAAGUGCAAGUAGAUAAAUAGGUACCGCUCCAGUGGGGAGGUAAACUGUUUCUAUGCGCUGCUCUGGUUCACCAGAAGCAGCUUAGUCAUGCUGGCCACAUGACCCCGAAGCUAUACGCCGGCUCCCUCAGUCAGUAAAGCGAGAUGAGUGCCGCAACCUCAGAGUCCUCUGCAACUGGACCUAAAGGUCAGGGGUCCCUUUCCCUUUAAGUAAUCAUAUAUCAGGUUUUUAACUUGGUGCAUUAUUUGAAUGGUGCUCUCAAAUAACAGGGUGCUUCAUGGUCCAAGUACAAAGUUUUAAUGCUGCGUCCUUUGCUAACUGAAGGAGCUCUACUGCACUAUUGUCCUGCUCAUGGUCUUCCCAUGGGCAUCUGGUUUGCUGCAGUGAGAAUAGAGUGCUUGACCUAGAUGGACUUUUUCCUGAUGCAGUGGGGCUCUUCAUUUUAAUUCUCUUUAAAAGCCUUGUGAAAUGUGGAGCAAUCCAUCCAGCUGAAGGGUAGGAGAGUGAAGUUUUAUUAAAUAUACAAAAAAACAAAAAACAAACAUGUGGAAGGUAAUACAUGCUAAACAUUUUUUAUUUAUCUUCUAGGUACAUAUAUUUUAACAACAGCCCUUCUACCUCUCUUGGAAAGAGAAGAUGACCCUAGAGUUGUAAGUUUGUAUGUCUUAGUUUGGGGGCACUUGGCUGUCCCUUUCAUUGUCAUUCGUGUUCUCAAUAUUCAUAACUCCUAGGGCAAGUAGGUGCUCUACUGUUGGGCAAAGGGGCCCUAUCAAUUAUGAUUUUCCUCACUGCAAGCGGACCACUCUCUCCGCCUUCAGAGGAAGAGAUAUGAAAUGUUCCCGUAGCCUCUGGCAACCCACCCAAGGACAGGAGGACGGUGAGGCCCAUUGCAGCUAAUAGCAUCUUAAUUAGGAAACAAACUAAUUUAACGUCUGACUCAAUACCAUGACAAACCAUUGCAUAUGCUGGCACAAAUGUUGAGGUGCAGUGGUGCUAAUGUGUACCUUCAUGCUUCACUGAAACAGUUUUAUUUGCACAAUCCAAAAUGUUUGGUGCAAGCGAAGCAGUUUAAUUGCCUCCUUCAGUGUUUGUCCUGAGUGGGAAAGCAAUGUUUUCCGUUGUGUCAGAAGCCACUGGGUGUUUAAAAGAAUUACCAUUCCAGUUUACAAAUGAAUUAUUUCCAACAGCGGUGUAUAAACGGUUCAGUUAUAUAUUUCCAAGGGGAAAGAGUGUCAUAGACAGAGAGAGAUUUGGCCUGUUCUGAUUGAUGUGGUUGCAUUUUGUGUAAGAACCUGUGGAAUGUUUGAUUUGAGUAAUUAAUCCACACUUGCAGUGUGACUUUUAAAGGGUCGCUGGCAAGAUAGAAACCAACAGGGCUGUCAACGGAGUCAGCUAGCAUUGUGAAUGACUCUGAAUUUCAGCAUCCAGUUGCCACUCCUUGGGUAGGGGGCUUGUGGCACUAGAUGUUGUUGGACUAUAUGUCUCAUCAUCCCAUGCUGGCUGAGGCUGAAUGCAGCUGGGAUCCAACAUCUAGAGGACCACAGGUUUCCCACCCAUGCUUUAAGUGAACUGCUAAACUUACAUUGUCAUUGUGAUUAUCUAUCCAAGUUGCAUGUAAAGACAAGUCUAGUUGUGGAUAAGGAUUUCAUAGUUCCUUUGGUUUGUUUAUUUUAUUUUGCAGAUCACUGUCUCCUCAGGAGGAAUGUUAGUUCAGAAACUAGAUGUAUCAAACUUGCAAUCAGAGAAUGUGGCAUUUGAUGGGACAAUGGUAUAUGCGCAGAAUAAGGUAAGAUCUGUAGUUCUUGAACAAACAGCCACAGACUACGUAGCUGCUUUGCAAACAUGUAUUUUUGUCACACUAUACAUUUUAUGUACUUUGCUUGCUCUUUCUAUAGAAAAUUCUUUAAAAUAUUCUUUGUAAAGUCUUGUCUUACAACCAGCACCCACAACAGUUGAGGUAUUGGGACUAUUAUACACUUGUCAAGUUGGGUCUUUAUUUACAUAGAAAAGACUCCUUUAACUCACUGUAUCUCAUAGAGGCAUUGUUCAGUUUGGAGAUUCUAAAGUCCAGAUAUUAUUUAAUAUUAACUAGUUCUUAUUUAAGAGAAACUUGCUUUUUGAAAAGCAUUUUUCCACCCUGGUUUCAGGUGUAAGAUUUUUGGGGGACGACAACGACUUUAUUGGACAGUACCAAGUGGGUGGUCAUUCUCCACUUGCUUGAAGGCAGGAGAAAAUGUCAUUACUGUACCUUUGCAUCACCCUCUUGGAAUGGUAGUUCAUUUUUCCUGCUUUGCUUGAAGCAGACCAGAUUUCAGCGGUGCUCUUCUGGCCUACUGUGUGUCAUGAGUAGUGAGUGCGCAAUGAGGGCUAUACUUGAGAGCUCCUUUGCCCUUCUCUCAUCUAAAACUGGAAUAGAAAUAGAAACCUGCCCUGUUGUCACACACAAAGAAGGCAGGGCACAGGCUAGCUGCAGUGCUGAGCUUCCAAAGGAAGAAAUGACCGCACUGCGUAAGUCAAUACUGAAUAUGAAGAUGCCAGACUAAUGGCCUAUUGAUCUUUUUUCAGUUUUAUGCCUUUUGUCGUAUCCUAGAGACAGCAAGUGGUCAUGACAGAACAGUGGGCUAAAGCACAUCCCAGUGUUCACUUUUCUUCUAUGCAUCCUGGCUGGGCAGAUACUCCAGGUACUUGUUGCCGAGCAGAAAUAUUUAAUCUCUUUGGGUAAAUCGGGAGUGGGGCACCUGUGGGCCUCCAGCUGUUACUGGACUACAAGCUGCAUCAUUCCCAAUUGUUGCCCGGGACUGAUAGGAGUUAAGAGUCCAACAUCCACCCCAGAGCUAAACAGAGAGUAUCUUUUGCUGUUAUACGAAGGGGAUGGGAGAAAUAGGAAGGAGAAGUGCCACACCAUUAUUGUUCCUGUUUCUCUUUGAACUUUUGCAUUUCUUUCACCUCAUACUUGGUUUAGCUGCUUUGGAGAAUUCCGGCCACCUUGCAGGUAACUUGUGCCCAUGCAUAACUUCAAGCACACUUCAUUAAGCGUGUUUAAAGGACUCCGUGUUAUCCAAGUGCUUAGGUAGUGUGAGGAAGAAUAGAGUCUGGUAGCGUAAAAUCAUAUGGAGUGUUAAGGUUUGUAGGAAGAAAUGUCCAAGGGCUUUUUGUAGACCGAAGAUGUAGCAGAGCCCAAGAUUAGGGUAGUAGCAGUCAAACAGCAUAAUUAAUGGUAGGCAUGUGUUUGUCGGGAAGCUGUUAUUUAUGCUUAUCACAACUGUCACCUUGCAGCAGUGAGGUCAUCUAUGCCAGAUUUCUACGAGAAAAUGAAGGAUAGAUUGCGGACAGCGGACCAGGGGGCAGACACGGUGGUAUGGCUUGCAGUCUCUCAUGAAGCAGGCAAGCAAGCAAGCGGGCAGUUUUUCCAAGGUAAGGGAGUUAAUGGAUCAUUGAAUGCGGUAUAAUAAUAGAGAAGGACAGAAUAAGCUGUCCCUAGCAAUAUAUAUAAACCAAAUAAGGGUAAACCUGAAAAAAUGAACACAUUGAACUCGUAUACAGACUGGGAUUGGCUGCAACGCCCUACUGAAUAUAUAUUGUGGAAACCUGGUUUUGUCAUGGUACCCUGACUUUAUGAACAUUUGCAUUCCUGCAAGCUCUGUCCUCCCUUCAGCUCACUGAUGGGAAGGUCAGAAAAGCAGGUUCAAGAACCCAGGUUCUUGAUUGUUGAAAUAACUAAUUUUGCCCUUUUGUUUCCAGACCGGCAGCCUGUUCCAACCCACUUACCACUUGCACAGACCAAAUCUUCACCGGGUGAUGAAGAAAAACUGAUGCAGUGUCUGGAAGAGCUCUCACAAAAGUUUAAACCCAGAUAAUCAUUAAGAGUCUAGAAGCAUUAACAGUGUGUACUGAGCUAGUGACCUCUUGACAAUCUGCAAUUGGAAAGCUAUAAUAUGUGCAAGUGAGUAUAAGCCAAUAACGUGCUUUAUUAUAGGGCAGGAAGAAAGGCACUGUUAAAAAUUCAGUGAUAAUGUUUUGACAUGCUUUGCAUCUUGAUAAUUUCCUCCAGCUAGAACUGUAGUUUCUGGAAUGAUGCUAGAAAAAAAGCUGAAAGCAUUUGGGCUGCAAUUUCAUUGAUGCUAGGUUUCAAUCAAGAAAACUGUAGGCAUACUUUAGUUUGCAAAAGAUUUGAUUAUGGAGCGCAGUGUAUUAUUUGUAUGCCUACUUGCAUUUCCUUCUUGUCAUGCUGUAACUUCUGUUUAUUACCCAUUUCACAUUUGUUCUUUUAAAAAUCACAAAUACUUGGGGAUGAGAUGCUCUAAUGGUUAGUGCUUGUAUUAUUAACAUUCCAAUGGGAGCACAGUAUCUAUUUUCUAAAAAUCUCUCAAGGUGCUAAUUCCUUUUUAUGUAAUAAUCAUGCAUCAAGAAUGCCCACUGUGCCACAAUAAGUAUGAAACAGCCCACCUUCUGGAAUCACAGAAUUGUGGAGUUGGAAGGGACCCCAAGGGUCAUCUAGUCUAACUUCCCUGCAGGAAUACUAGAUUAUACAUGACAGGUGGCCAUCCAACCUCUUUAGAAUUGUAAAUUUGCUAGAAUCUAAACGUUUUUGAAAUUGUAUUUUGGUUUGCAUUUCUGAAGUUUUCCUGCAAGAAAAAUCUAAUUAAAACCUAAUGUUUGAAAAAGCAAUCUGUUUGUACCAGGCCAUCCUUUUUUGAAGGACGGACAGCUACAUUUAAGUUCAUAUAGAUAUCUGUAUGAAUUAUAUAUAAAAAGUCAUAUUUAAGUUGGCAGUACUUUGCAUAGUUUCUUACGUAGAUAAAGCUCAUACAUUUGGUAUCACUU